AAACUUCUGACGAAAAAAAACGUGUUCUUGAGCUACACGAACGUGUCAACAAUCUCCCAGAUCCUAAUUAUAGCACUCUAAAAUAUCUAAUGGGACAUUUACAUAAAGUUGUUCAAAAUCAAGAGAAAAAUAAAAUGAAUGUUCAAAAUCUUGGAAUCGUAUUUGGACCAACAUUAAUGGGCAGUCCUGUUGUUACCGCAGUUUCAAAUUCAGCAUCGUCAUCAUUAUCUGGUGCAUCAUUACAAAAUUCAAGUACGGCACCCAUACCUUAUGUUACUUCUGAUAGCGGAGGACUUAACGAUAUGGCUUGGCAGUGUAAAGUUGUAGAGACUAUAUUGGAAAAUUAUCUUAAUAUAUUUGUGUACGUAGUUAUCGAAAAGUUAUGUUAUAAUAUAGGAAUAAUUCAAUGUUUAUUGAUUAUAAAAUUUUCUAAUAUAGCGAGUAGAGUUUUGAGAAUAACUCAAGACUCUCCGAAGACAAUGUAG